GGUGGUAGUAGAGGCGGUUUAGUUAGUAAAAAGCCCCCCAAAUGUUCUUUGCCCUUGGAGAGUACUACAGUUGUCAAACCAGCUCAUAGCAGAGUGCAAGGUUUUCACCUGUGUUUCAGGGUUCUCCCCGCUGUGUAAACCUCUUCCUUUAAAUAGCAAGAUCAUCCUGUUCAGUGGUUGAGUAAUGACUGUGCACCAAAACGCAACAGCCAUGAGGCAGUAGAUGUAUUCAUAAUUCAGUGUCUGCCUGAACUCCAGUUUUCUCCUUUCCGAGUGGUGAAACAGGAAGCAACAUCCCAUCAGGAAGAACCUGAAAGUGCCAUCCAGUAGCUUCGCCUCACGUCACAGAUUGCCCUCAGUCAGAAAUCUUGACUUGCAACUUUCCAGGGUGGGUCUGUGAAAGAAUUUCAAAACGUACACAUAAAUGAGGCGUGUUGCUCUCUGAUGAGAACAAAGCUGACAGGAGCACUGGAAACUGUGCUCUGACGCUCUGACUACUCUUCACAAACAAGGAACAUCUUCUGUGGACUGACGUUUCGGAAAGAAUGUUUCAGGCAUUUAAAGAAUGGUUCUGGUUGGAAAGAUUCUGGCUUCCCCCAACAAUAAAGUGGUCAGAUCUUGAAGAUCACGAUGGACUCGUCUUUGUCAAACCUUCUCAUUUAUAUAUGACAAUUCCAUAUGCUUUUCUCUUGCUGAUCAUCAGAUAUUUCUUUGAAAGGAUUAUUGCUAUUCCAGUAGCAAAAGCACUUGGCAUUCAAAAGCCAGUUCAAAAAAUUAUACCAAAUGCCAUCUUAGAGAAUUUUUUCAAGAAUUCCACAAGGCAACCAUUGCAAACUGAUAUUUAUGGACUGGCAAAGAAAUGUAACUUAACAGAGCGCCAAGUUGAAAGAUGGUUUCGGAGGCGACGGAACCAAGAGAGGCCUUGCAGGUUGAAGAAAUUCCAAGAAGUUUGCUGGCGAUUUGCAUUUUACUUGAUGCUUACUGUUGUUGGAACUGCAUUUCUUUAUGAUAAACCUUGGGCAUCUGACCUCUGGGAGGUUUGGAAUGGCUAUCCCAGACAGCCCUUGCUGCCAUCUCAAUACUGGUACUACAUGUUAGAAAUGAGUUUUUAUUGGUCUCUGACAUUUAGCCUUGGCUAUGAUGUCAAGAGGAAGGAUUUUGUAGCUAAUAUUGUUCACCACCUGGCUGCUCUUAGUUUGAUGAGCUUUUCUUGGUGUGCUAAUUAUAUUCGUGGUGGGAGCCUUGUGAUGAUUGUGCACGAUGCAGCUGACAUUUGGCUGGAGUCUGCUAAGAUGUUUUCUUAUGCUGGAUGGAAGAAAACCUGUAACAUCCUGUUUUUAAUCUUCACUGCCAUGUUUUUCAUCACCCGCUUCAUUCUUUUUCCCUUCUGGAUUUUACAUUGCACGCUGAUAAUGCCUCUGCACUACCUCGAGCCUUUCUUCUCAUACAUCUUCCUCAACCUACAGCUGCUGCUUCUACAGGCCCUGCAUGUUUACUGGGGUUACUUAAUCCUGAAGAUGCUUAAAAAAAAUAUAUUACGGAAGAACGUUAAAGAUGUGAGGAGUGAUAAUGAAGAGGAAGAAGAGGAGGACAAUGACGACGAGGAGGAGGAAGAGGAAGCUACCAAAGGCAAAGAGAGAGACUGUUUGAAGAAUGGCCUUGGGACCAACAAGCACCUCAUUCCCAAUGGUCAGCACAGCCAUUAGCUUGAAGCCCACGUGACUCCCAUGCACAGUGUUCCGCAAGGACUGUUGGGAGCCUGCUAUACUCCCCACUCCAUUGCUGUGGCCAAGAGGACCACAGAGACCCCAGGUUCUGCCCUUCCCUCUGUCUCACCUUUCCUCCCUCCUAAGAUAUGUUUAACAAUAUGUUGUUAAUUUGUGUUAGAGUAGUAAAUAUGGGGCCAGGGAUUUAGCUCAGUGGUUUUGCCGCCUGCUGUGCAAGCACAAGGACCCGAGUUCAAUCCCCAGUACCAAAAAAAAAAAAAAAAAGAAAAAAAAUAAUAAAUAUGCCCAUGCCUGUGGAUUUUACUGCAGUUUGGUCACAGGCUGGUCAGAGAUUUCAGAGAUUUCUCCAGAGCACUGUUUGAGUUCUAGUUGCAUUCAUUUGUGUACUUGAGAGACAUUUGACUUUUUCAGGGGCUCGCUUUGCUUUAGCCCUUUCUUCUUUUCACCUUGCCUAUCUUCAGGAUGGUUUGACCAAUGCUAAGGAAACCCGCUUUUUCCCGGAUGUGUUCAGCCACAGAGAGCAGCUCAUUUCCCAAGGCUGUGUUAGAAAUGGUGGUGGGACAGUUGCAAGGACCAGACAAGGAGUCAGGUUCCAGGGCUCGUGGCCACUUCCUGCCAUGGUGGCUGAGGUGCUGGUCUCUACAGUGCGAUGGUAGUGCUUGCUGCGCAGCCUCACGGGGUUGGGUGAGGAUCCAGUGAGAUAGGAGAACUGAUGUGCACACUGUCACCUGCAGGGUUGUUAACUGACCCUCUCCACACAGAUUCUAGCUGUUUGGAAGAGAGAAGCCUGGGUAAACUUGGCAUGAAUGAAAGGUAUAAACUUUAAAAAUUCCUCUCAAAUGUGUCUGAGAUGCCUGGAAAUGCACAUACCCAGAAGGCUGUUUCCACUUGAUUUGCUAACUAUGUAUGUAUUAGCCCCCAACAAUAGUUCUCAAGUUCCCCUGGAAAUAAUCUCCUCCCUCAGGUCCUGUGGCCAAGGGAAGGGAGCUUUAGCACCUUUCCUCUUUAUCGUUUGCUGGUUUUCACUUUUCCUCUCUAACAGGGAAGCUUCCCUGUGCUGCCUUGAGAGUCCCUUCUUCGGGCCAGCAGAGCUCCCCAUGACCCGUGGGUGUCGGUCUGGGGCCUCUGCAGAGGAGAGGGAAGCAGGUCAGGUUGCACACUGAGCCACGUCACCUGGAAAGCCUGAGCCUCUGGAUGGCAUUCGUGGGAACUGCCUGGCCUAAGGAAGUCUUAGAAACAGAACAGGAAGCCACAUGAUUUUAUUGCCAUCAUCCACCCAAUCAGACUGCAUAACAGUGCAAAACCACAACACAAAAGGCCAUAAAAUACCCACCCCCAGCAAUGUCCAUGCAAGGUGCUGAGCCACGCCAGCCCUCCUGGUGGCUGGAUGUGGGAUGGUACACCAGGGCUGGCUCUGCCUCACCCUCCAGGAAGGGAGAAGCUAGAAUGGUUGAACACACUCUGUCCCUGUUACAGCUUUGUCACUGCAGGGGACACAUGUCCUGAGCACAGUAGGCACUGCUGACCUCAGCGCCUUCUGGGGUCCCACUGAGUAGAGGCCGAGCCUUCCAGAGAAAGACCUUGAGCACAGAGCUCCUGCUCCCCUCACUGCCCACCUGCCUCUCGCAGUUAGGGUCCUAUUUUGUGUCUCCAUCCUGUUGUGCUCAGGGCUCUUGCAUGUACACAGCCACAUCAAAAGGGCCUGUGGGGACUGGAAAGUGAGGUCCAACCCCUGCAGGUUGCAAGGUGCCUGUAGCAGAAAGGACACUGUGUACACUAAAAAGGUCUGAGAUUUUUGGUUUUUAAUAAAAAUAGAUUUUUUAAACCUGCAAGCUAAACAGAAACAAGACAAAACCCUUUGGAAUUUUUUCCCCAACAAAAUCUCUUGUUGAGGAAUCACUGGAAGAAGAGAAAAACAAAUAUCAAAUUUUCUCUGUGUAUUUGCUUCAAUAACAUAUGCAUUGAUGUAUAAUGUGAUAUUAUAAAUGUAAAAUGACUCCACUCAAGGGCAUAACUCUCCAUUUAUUAUUAAUAGUAUGUCAUUAUUAUAAUUGUUGUUAUUGUGGUGGGAGAAGUUGACACUAAAGUAUUAUUUUUUUAUGUUUCCACUUAACAGAGUAUUUUUUUUCUUCAUUUAUUUUGGUCUUGUCUUGGUACCAGAUCUCUUCUUGUUUAAGGUAAAAAAUUAUUUAUUUACAUCUCUGUCCUUCAGUUUUUUACCUCAUUUGAUUGUUGAAGGUAAAAUUAACAUAUCAAUUUCAACUAUCUCUAAUGCAGCUGGAAACACGAAACUAACUUCGUAAGAGGUAGAUACACAGUUCUGUAACAUCCUUCAGGUCUUUCAUGGUUAAUUUUAAAGGUAACCUCCAUUCUACAGAAAAUAAGUUACAGGACUAUGUGAGAUGACUUUAUUAAACUGACAUUCACAGUGCCAUCAAUAUUGUAAUGGUUAUGACUUAAAAUAAAAUAAAGUUAAAAUCCAGUGCCCAUGGUGA